AUGAUCGCCAUGGAUGACCCAUUGGCGAAGGGCCGGGAAUGGACUGGGGAGGAGUCUGCACCAAACAGGCGGCUAGCGCGGGUCGACGCGUUGCUUCAACAAGCUUUGCUCGGCCUCUCGCUAGCCCAAGACCGUUCCGUCAAGCGCAGGAUCCGACAACGACUCCAAAGGAAGCUGAGCUCGUUUCUCAGUGAAAAGGACUUUGAAGAUGCCAUGUCCCGUUUCCGGACGAUGAGUGAAGCACGUUCAGAGCUGUACCACGGUUCGGAGCAAACAGCUCCAAGCUACAAGGAACAGCUCGCUGACGUAAGAGACGUCAGGAACGCCGGUAGCACGCACCAUGCGCACAAUGCGCACCAUGCGCAAACUCCGAAACAAGGAGACGUCGUGUUUGACGUUUGCUACCUGCAUUUCGAUGAGAAGAGUCUGCCCGGCACUCCCUGUGUUUGCCUGUCAACAGAUCGUCAGGUUUGAUGCCUGGAAGACUGUGAGCUUCAUCCGAAACGUUUGCACACUCCUUACAUGGAAG